UUAUGGAGAAUUUCUGCAUCAGAAUUUCAGUUGCGUACCUAUCAAGGCCAGUUUCUAACAUGUGACGGUGAAGGGAAUUCGGUCUAUGCAACUGCAGAAUCACCUUCAACAAAAGAAACAUUUGAAAUAGAAAGAAAAAACAACAACCAAGUUCAUAUUAAACUUAAGAAUGGGCCCUACCUGCAGGUUACCAUAGGAAAUCAGCUUACAGCAGACUAUCCAGGGACACCAGGAUGGAAUGAAAACUCCGCAACCUUUGAAAUGACAAUUGUUGCUAAUAACUUGCAUGGAGAUUACCAGCUUGCAAAUGGAUAUGGACACAAUAAGGCAAAAGAUGUUCUCCGGAGACAUAGAAAUAGUUUUAUCACAAUAGAAGAUUUCAAGUUUCUGUAUAGACAUGGAAUAAAUGCUGUGAGGAUACCUGUUGGCUGGUGGAUUGCUUUUGAUCCUAAUCCUCCAGCUCCUUUUGUUGGAGGAGCUUUAGAAGCUCUGGAUAAUGCAUUCUCGUGGGCACAAGACUAUAACAUAAAGUGCAUAAUUGACCUUCAUGCUGCCCCUGGAUCCCAAAAUGGAAUGGAACAUAGUGCUAGUAGAGAUGGCACAACUGGUUGGCCUACUUCAGAUUACAUCUCACAGACAUUAAACAUUAUAGAUUUUCUAGCUUCAAGAUAUGCAACGCACCCUGCCUUGCUAGGAAUUGAGCUGUUAAAUGAACCCUCUGCAGCAUCAGUUCCACUAGAUGUGUUAGUUUCAUAUUACAAACAAGGGUACCAAAUUGUACGAAAAUACUCGCCAACAGCUUAUGUGAUAAUUUGCCAGAGAAUUGGCAAUGCUGAUCCUUUGGAACUUUAUCAGGCCAAUGUAGGCUCACAUAACAUAGUGGUUGAUUUGCAUUACUACAACCUCUUUGACACCUUUUUUGUCAAUAUGAGCGCUGUGGAUAAUAUCCAAUUUAUAUAUAAAAGUAGGGAAUCUCAACUCCAAGCCUUGAAUGGUGCCAAUGGUCCGCUUGUUUUUAUUGGCGAGUGGGUGAAUGAAUGGAAUUUCACCAGUGGAUCUCAGACAGAUUAUCAAGAUUUUGGAAGGGCGCAGUUAGGGGUCUAUGAUGCAGCUUCCUUCGGGUGGGCAUAUUGGACACUAAAAAAUGAUAGAAAGCACUGGGACUUUGAAUGGAACAUUAAGAACAACUAUCUUCCAUUUGGUAGUUCCCCAAGCCUGAAAAUUUUCAACACUCUAACACCGCUCGGACUGGUAUUUUCAUGGUUAUAUCUGCGUCAAAUAUUGUGAGAAAUCUCUCCUGAGUUGAAUAUGACCAAGAGUUAAAAAUGCUCUAUUUUUUUUCUUGUUGUCCUUAUUUUUUUGAAGUCUGUUUUAGUCAUUGUUAUAUUCAUUCUUCUGCAAAUCUGCAGAUGUUUUGUUGUUAGACAAGUGAAUCCCCUGAUAAUAAAAUGCAUUUUGUAAAAGCAA